CCCAUACCCAUACCUGCCACUGCCUAUGGCUGAAACUGCCACUGGCCAUGGAACUGUUGGGCGUUGUUGCGGUUUGAUGUGGCCGCUCCUCGGUGCACUUUGCUUGCUGCUGCAGCCAUGGAAACGUGUCGCACCUGUGCGAUUUCCAUGUUUGUUUGCGAUUUCGAAAAUGGCAGCAACAAUUUUUUGGAUCUCUUCCAUCCCACAUGCUGGCAGAGUGAAAUGGCCCAAAUACGACUGGAGUUUGUCCACUGGAAUCUGAAGAUUUCCCCCAAUGAUGGACUGCCACAGAAAAUAUGCAGCGACUGUUUUACCAAGUUCUGCUCCAUCUACACAUUUCGACUGGGCUGCCAGGAGGCGCAGCUAAAGUUGUCGAACAUCUAUGACAAAAUCGAUGCCAGCAGCUUGGAGGAUGACAACCAUGCAGAGGAAGAAGCGGAUGCUGCGCCAGAAACAGCAACAAUUAUAGGAACGACAACAUCAACAACGACGGUUUCAACCGAAACACAACCAAACACUGCCACUGCCCCCCCAAUAGAAUUUUUUGUGGAAACCAUAGGCCACAACGAGGCAGACAACGACGAAUCACAGCCACCAUACCUGGAUGAUGAUGAUGAUGAUAAUGAGGCCACUCAGGAACUGACCAUUAGCUAUGCCUGUAAGUACUGCUUCAAGCCGCAGGAGAGCUACCAGCUGCAGCAGCUGCUCCUGGAGCACAUCAAUGCCAGCCACGAUCCAGAUCAGCCGUACAACUGUCCGGAGUGUAAGGAGUGCUUUCAGGAUGCAGCCUCCCGGACCGUGCACAUCAAGAGCUGUCAUGUGGAGAAGCAGUUCAAGUGCGAGGUGUGCGGCAAGAAGUACAGCGAUCGCCACAAUCUGCGCCACCACAUCGAGAAGUAUCACUCGGAGACGGACUUUGAGUGCACCAUGUGUGAGAAGCGCUUCUUCACACGCAAGAGUCUCAACUAUCAUAUGAAAUGGCACAAUCCGGAGCGGCAGCUCAAGUGCCGCCAGACCGGCUGCGAGCGUUUGUUCAUCAAUCAGCGGCACCUCAAAUGCCACGAAGCCACCCAUACGGGCGCCAGUGCCAGAAAGAGCGAGCACUGUGGCUUCUGUGGUAAAACUUUCAUACACCUAAAGACACUACGAUGGCACAUCUAUAGACAGCAUGGUGGGGAGAAGCCCUACAAAUGUGCCAACUGUACGGAGGUAUUCGCCUCGUAUGCAGAGAAAAGGAUACACAUGCUGGAGCGGCACAGGGAGAAUCUAACGCCCAUUGAGCGUAGCGAGUGCAUGUUGUGCCGCCAGCCCUUUGGCACCGAGCAGGAUCUCAUACAUCACAUGUCCGUGGAUCAUUUGCAGCGUGCGGCCAGUGUGCCAGUUAUAGCCAACAACAAGCGUGUGCUGCAGCAGAAGCGGGAGCGUCAGUAUUCGGGACUCUUUCAGUGCGACAGCUGCACCCAGAGAUUCAAUAUGAAGUCGGCCCUGGAUCGACAUGCCGCCGUGCACUCGGAGAAGGACAGGCCGCAUGCCUGUCCACAUUGCUCCAAGCGUUUCAAAAGGGCCCAGGACAUGAAGUGGCAUAUCAAGACGCACGAGAAGGAGAAGCCCAAUGUGUGUGAUGUGUGUGGCAAGGCCUUUGCCUUGAAGUAUGUCCUCACACAGCAUAGGCUCAGCCAUGAAGUUUUGGAGAAGAACUUUCAAUGCAACAUUUGCGGCCGAUCCUAUCUAUUUGAAAAGUCUCUGCGGCUGCAUCAACGCGUCCACACGGGCAACACCUACUACAAAUGCGAUCUGUGCCAGGAACGCUUCGUAACGCACAUUAAGUUGAAAACUCAUAUGCAGAAGACGCAUGCACAUGCCUCUGAGACGCCUUCACCGGACUCCCUGGAUGAUUUGAUAAACAUUGUGAUUUCUUAACCAAGUGGAACAGAAAAAGAAAGCUAAAGCUGUUGUAGCCAAGCACAAACAGAAAGAGCGUAGCUCUUACUAACUACUACUAAACUGACUAACUACCAAAACCAAGCUACUAAAAACCAUACCCUCCAUUCAACCUUAUCAUUAGACCAAAUGCUGACACAGGACAAAGCUUUAUACUCUCUCAAAUGAUAAACUCUUCUGCUAUACCAUACCAUA